CUCAGCUUCCCUUAAACACACAGGAAAGUCUCUCAAUUGUCUGCUUCAGGAGCAGCAUUUGUUUUUCACAUUAGGAAGACCCUCAAGUUCUCCAAUAUUAACAUUUAUGUGCAUUAUACAUCAUUUUGUUUAGGAAUACAAUAAAUCCAGAAUUCGGUCCCAGAUGUGGAAAAUCUCAGCCCUUUUUGCAGGAUUCCAUACUGCAGAAGAUUAGUCACAUGACUGUAAAGCUCUGAGCAAUUUUGAGUCGGUUUUUAUGGGCACUGAGUAAUACUGUUUGAGCGGAACAUACCAAUUAACUCACAGGGGGGGGAAGUAAGUCAGCUGAGGUCAUUUGGUUGUGAUGGAAUUGAUAGACAAUGCACAGUAAUUAAACUCUGUUCAUGGGAGAAUUGACAGAAAUGGACCCAAAUACCUGUGGAUCCCAAGCUUCAGAAUCUGAUUACUAUGUUGCUUGGUUUAGGGAAAACCUUUACCUUGAUAAGCAGAUAUUAGUGUAAUAACUUCAUUUUACACUGUGUGUGUGUGUGUGCGCGCAAAGCAAAAAGAACCUUGGAAAAGCAAAAUGAACAGAUUCAUGAAGCCUUGGGGCUAAGUAGAAGGAGAAAUAAUAUACAGUAAUACCACCAGUGCUUGUAUGUGCUACUGACUGCCACAAUAAGUACGUUUACAGAACCAAGCCAUUGGGUGCCCACUUUAGGCUACAUGAAAAGGUAAAACCCUUUAUUUAGAAGCAGGAUUUUUAAGCAGGAAUUUGGGGAUGGGUGGUUCAGGUUCUUGACGUGCCCUAGAGGUGGGAGGGCUAUGAAAGAAGUGUGAGGUGUCUGGGCUGUGUGUGUGCUUUUCUCUCUUGAUCCUCAGCUAAACAUUUCCAUCCUCGCCGGACAGAGACACCUUUGUUAGCCCCGGAGCAGCAAGGUCCCUUUAGCUUCCACCUCUGCUUCAUUCUGCAUCUUCUCAUCAGUGUCGACAGCCAGACAUGCCUUGCGCCGCGGGGACUCCAUCGCUCCUGCUGCUGCUCUGUGCCGGGAUAUUGUUUCCUGCUAUGCUCACAGGGUAUCCUCAGGCGGCAGCCCCCACUCACUGGUUUGAGCCUCCAGAGCUACCAUCAGGUGUAGAACCCCUAGAAACCACACCAUCAGUCCGCCUUUCCGAUGUAACUGGCAUUCCCCCUGAUGCUUCUGAACCAGAUCCCACGCAUGAAGACCCUCUGGGAAAUGAUGAUGGUUCCUUGGGUCCCGGUGCCGUUGCUGCAAUAGUCCUGGCCGCCCUACUGGGCACCUCUGUCCUCAUUGCGCUCAUCGUUAUCACCCUUAGGAAGUUCUCUGCUCCCUAAAACUAAAGUCAAUGUACAGCUACAAACAGUGGGAUCACAGUUGCCCAGGUGCCAAGGCAAGACGACAAAGUGAGCAGAUACUGCAGAUGGAGCCCUGUUUUAUUACCCUGGCUUUAUACACCAAGCAUUGUUUCCGGGGGGUGGGGAGGGGGGGACACAUCCUCGGGACCCAGAAGACAUCAUUGUGCAAGAGCGACGCCUGAUAGUGCCAUGUUAUUCACGUGCAUUAUUUAAUUAGCAACAUUUCUGAACAUAAAAAUUUAUAUCAAACUUUGCUUAGAAACUCUUAAAAGAUAAACAUCUUUACAAUCUGUCGACAUUUAUUUGGAUUCACGUCAUUCCCAUAAAUAAAGAUUCUGUUCUUACGA